GACUUCUUUCAGUAGCUGGGCUCCAUCAUUGGCAUUUAAACUGUGGAAGUGGGACCGAACACAUAUAAAAUAUCAAAUAGAAAUUUUCCAAAGAAAAUAACUUCUAAACAUUUAAAACUAAAUAAAUAAAACUGUUUUUAAUUUGAAUUGUAAUAAUUUGAUCCCCUUCUGCAGAAAAAAUCACAACAAAAUAAAAGACAUUCCCAAAACUUACAGUAAGUGGAGUUUUUAGUUGAAAAUUCCUCCUUUUUCCGCGAGAAAAAGGAACUGAAAAAAAUCCUUUGAGCGAAAAAAAAGAAAAUCCAAGAAAAUGGAAAACUCCGGUUGAUAUAGUUACAUAGAGACUCAUAAGUGAAAAGUUUUUCUGUUGUGUGUUUUAAGUUGCGUGCGAGUGAGUGCUGGCUGUCGUUGUUGCCUAUCCCUAAAUAUCCAGAAAUCCCUAUUGGACAGUUAAAUAAUUACGAACAAAAUAAAUAAAGGACAAUUAUAAAUACAAAAUAGACAUACAUUAAAAAAGACAUUAAUCUAAUUCAAAAUGGCCGAUAAGAAAAUAGCUGAACAAUAUUAUUCGCCUCCCGUGAAAAUGGGCAAAUGGGAGGGCUUCAAAACAUUCCUAUGGAACAGUGAAACUAGUCAAUGCCUUGGAAGAACAGGAUCCAGUUGGGCAAAAAUCUUAUUAUUCUACAUUAUUUUCUAUGCAGCGUUAGCUGGUUUCUUUGCCGGCCUGUUAGCUAUCUUUUAUCAAACAUUGGAAGAUGAUAAGCCUAAAUGGAUGCUGGAUAAUGGAUUGAUAGGAUCAAACCCUGGACUUGGUUUCCGACCAAUGCCCCCAGAGGAGAAUGUUGAAAGUACCUUGAUCUGGUAUGAGGCAUCGAAAGAGGAUAACUACAAAUACUGGGUUGACUACAAUGCUAUGUUUUUAAAAGAAUAUGAUGAUUUACCAAAACACAAUCAAGUUAGCUGUUCAUUCGAUAAGCCACCACCACAAGGCAAGGUGUGUUCAUCUGAUCCUGAAGAAUAUGCACCAUGUACUGCUUCAAACAAAUUCGGCUUCCAUCAAGCCCGGCCGUGCAUAUUUUUGAAAUUAAAUAAGAUUUACAAUUGGGUACCAGAAAUUUACAACGAUUCUAAAUCUCUGCCAGCUCAUAUGCCCGAAGAGCUGAAACAGCAUAUUACCGAAAAACAAAGUUUGAGACCACUUGAAACUAGCGUUGUUUGGGUGUCGUGCGAAGGUGAAAACCCAGCUGAUCUUGAACAUAUUAAAGCUAGAGAUUAUUACCCACGAAUGGGCUUCCCUUCAUACUUUUUCCCAUAUAAAAAUGUCGCCGGAUAUAUACCACCAAUUGUUGCCGUUCAAUUUACAGUUGAAACUGGAGUCCUUAUCAACAUCGAGUGCAAAGCAUGGGCAAAGAAUAUCUAUCACGACCGUUCUGAGAGGAGAGGAUCCGUCCAUUUCGAAUUAAUGGUUGAUUAAGAAAUGGCAGCCUAAUAAACAAAAAAAAAACAUAUUAAACAUUAAUUCAAAGAAAUAAAACACAGUUUUUAAAUAAAAAAAGAAUAUAAAUUAAAAAAAAAUAUAUUAAAAAGAAACACAACACACAGACACAUUACCAAAAAAGAAAAACAAACAAAAUAACCCCCAUUUAUUUUUAAAAUUGAAAAAUCACAAUAAAUUAAAAUAAUUAAAAAAAAAAAAAACAGACAAAAAAAUAAUUUUAAUUUAAAGUUAAAUUUUCAAAAACCAAACAAUAAAACAACAAAAAAUUAUUUGAAUAUAAAUAAAGAAAAUUGAAAAUAUAAGUACUAUACUGCAGCAUACGGAAAAAAAUGAUGAUAAAAACUUUAACAAACAGACAAAAAUCACUAAUUAGCCCGAAAAUAAAUAAAACAAAAUUGAGAAAUAAUAGAAAAAAAAUGAAAUAUUUAUAUAAAAUAUCUAAAAAAAUAAAAAUAAUAAAAUCGAAAAUCAGCGCAGCGAAGAAAACAAAAAAUACAAUUUUUAAUUAAAAACAAAAAAUACCAUUGUACUUAAAGAAAAACAAAACAAAAUAAAAACAAGGACAGAAAAUUAAAAAAAAAAAAAAAACAAAAACAGCAUCAUAUAAACAGCAAGCAUAGUGAUUCUGCAAUUCUUUUUUUUUUUGUUUUAAAUUAACUUUAAAUUUGUAUUAAUUAAUAAAUAUAUAAAUACAUGUAUAUGAUUAUUUUCUUACCUAACUAGUUUGAUCCAUUUUAUUAGAGAACAUAAACACACAGAACAUGAACGAGCGGAAUAAAUUUUAAAAUAAAAUUAAAAAAUAAAAAAACAAAAAAAUUAUAAUGAAAUUGUACUCACCUUUCUCAAAAACAAAAAACAAUAUAAUUAAAAAUAUAAGUAAGAAAAAAAAAUAUAAAAAUAAAAUUAAAAACAAAACAUAUUAUUUUAAAUUUUUGCGUUAAUUUCGUUUUAUUUCCAUUUCCUAAAUUUUCACCUCUUCCCUAUUAAAAAUUCCCUCCCUGAAUGUUGAAAUGAAACCAAAGAAUAAAAUAUUUAAAACAAAAAUAACUGUUCAGCACACCGCUUCCACCAUAAAAAUGCAAACAAAAACUACCACCACCAACAAAAAAUAUAUAGGUAUAAAUAAUAAAAAAAUUAUAUUAUAUUAAAAAUUAAAAAAAAAAAAACUAUAAACCUAGCCCCUCCCCUCGCCUCCUUUUUUUCAUCCACUUAGUAAAUAAACCAAAACAAAAAAAAAACAAGAUAAAUAAAUUACACUUUAAUUUUUAAGCAGUUAGCUUUUAAGAGAGAAUAAAAUAAUAUUAAAAAAAGAAAACUUGUAAAAUUAAGUUUAAGUAAAUAUAUAAAAACAAAAAAUUAGAAGAAUAAAACAAAUUAAAAAACAAAAAACAGACAUAUACAUAAAAUUCAUAUAAAUUAUAGUAAAACAGAAAAAUAAAAACAUUAAAACAAAUUACACCGAAUAAGUGUUUUGAGAAAAAUGAAUAAAUAUUAAUUAUUUUUAAUUUCCCAUAUAUAUAAAAAAAAACUGAUUAAAUAACAAGAUACUGCUUUGAUUUAGAUUUAAAAAUUAUAAACUUAAACAAUUUUACCAAAACAAACAAAAAAAUAAUAACAAUAAAAACCCAAACUGCUUUAAUGAGUUGUUUCUUAAUUAAUAAAUUUCAUUUUUAUCACUAAACAAAAAAUCCCAUUUUAUUUUUGUAUUAUAAAUAAAAUUUUCAAACAAAAUCUCCAUAAUCCCCGCAAACUCUGUUUCUUUUGUAUUUCAAAAUUAAUUUAAAUAUUAUACAACAUUUUUAAAAAAACGCAGCAUGUUCUAUAGGAAAAUUAAAGAAAAAAUUCUUCGUACAUUACAAAACAAAAAGAAAUAUAGUACUAUAAAUAUAGUUAUUAAAUUUAAAUAAAACAAGAAAAAAAAUAAAAUCUGUAGAGCAGGUUAUUUAUUAAAUAAUUAAAAUGAAAACAAAAAAAAAACAAUUUUAAUCAACUUUUAGAUAAAAAAAAAUGAAAAAUAAAAAAAAUACUAUUUAAGAGGCAGAUUAUAAGAAAAUAAAUUCAUUUUCUCAUUUGUUGUUAAAAAAAAAAUAUUUAUUAUUAUUGUUAAUUUUGUUUUCUUACACAAAUGAUUUUUUUGUUUUAAUUUGUUUAAGAGAUUUUGUUUUAUUUUUAAUUGUUGAAGAUACAAAUAUAUAUUCGCAUAUUUUAAGUGAAUAUGUUUCCCCCCUCCAUCCGCUCCCCCUUUUUUCAAACGAGAAAAAAUGCAUUGUUUAUAAACAAAAAUAACAAAUGAAAUAAAAAUAAAAACUACAUAAAUGGAUAAGUUAAAAAACUUUAUAAAACAAAAAUAGAAAACUAAAAAACAAUUUUCUUAUACAAGAAAACAAAAAUGUAGCUUUUUUGUUUAGGUUUUAAAAAUAAAUAAAAUUUUAAAAACUAAAUACAUUUAAUUUAUGUUAACAUUUUUUUGUUAGCUUUUAGUGUUCAUAGAUUUAACAAUAAAAAACAAUUUUAAAUUACAAAAAAAUAAAAAAAAUUAACAUAAAAACAAAAAAAAAAACAAAAAAACUAAAACAGUUGAUUUUUUUGAAAGUUGAUAUAAUUUUAGUUAGCAAAAGUUAUUCUUUUUCGCUGCUGCAGAAUGCUGCGCUUUAAUAAUUUAAAAUUUCUUGAUGGUUCUGUGUUUUUAAAGGUUCGAUGGUAAAGGGGAUAAAGAGUUUGAUUAAAAGUUGUUUGAGACGGUAAAUAAUGGACCUAUGCUUAGUUUUUUGAUGGUUUACGAUGACCUAUUACGGUACAAUAGGUCAUGUUAGUAUGAUUUUGAAAAUACCAUAAGUUCCGGCCGGUAGAUGUCACUUCAAUAAUGAAGAGCUUUAAAGCUCGUUAGAAUUUUACUAAAGAUAUAAGAAAAUAGAUCGUCGAGAUCUAUAAACAUUAGGUAGGUUCAGACGACAUAAGGGACUUGAAAGUAAGGCAAGUUUCUAGUAUCUGUUUGGGAAGCUGCCAAAAAAUUACCUUCCAAUUAAGGAAACUUUAAUGGAAAGUUCACUGGAAAGCUUGUCAAGAAAAAUAACGAUUUAAUAGUUUUUUUUUGCUAUGAACUAAAAGUGGAGGUUUACAAAAUACAGUUCCGAAUUAAAAAUUCAUGACAUUUGAAAAACGAACUAACUGCCUCGUCCUAAAUUUACUUAUGAAGUUGACUGCAAUUAAGCCCCUUAUGUUGUCUGAACCUGUUAAUAUCCAAUAUGGGGUUCAAAUGUUUUAAGUUCCUUUUAGGAAUAGGUAAAUUGUAUAUCUUCAAUUGUUUUUGAAUGCAUUCAAAAAAGAAUUUAAUUCAAUUUUUCGAGGAGCCAUUUAGAAGUUUUUUUUUAACACCACUUCGAUGAUAGUAUUGUUCAUAACAUGCUAAAAGGAGAAAGUUCUUAAAUAUUUUUUGAAUACAAAGGUUUAUUCAUUUACUUGGAAUUUCUUUGGUCUUCUGUGUAUUUAGUCUAAGGCCAGCCAUCCACAGCACAAUACACAGUUAACUGUGAAAACAGCACAAACAACCCGGUCGUGAAUGGCCGGCUUAAGUAUGUAUAUAAUACUUUGUGAUACACUACCAAAAAUCAUAGAAAUCAAAUCCGAAUAAAGGGACAAACCUAGAAAGUUAAUUUCUGCUGCUUUUAAAGCCGGAUAAAUUUUGUAAUUAGAAAAUUUAAGGAAUUAGUACUCAAAAAUUCGAAGCAACAACAACAACGAAAAGCAACAACAAACAACAACAACAAAAUCUUAACCUACAUUUCAAAAAUUGUACAACUUAUCGUCGUUAAUAUAUUUUAAAAUAGUAAAAAAUUUCAUAUAUGUGAAUUUUGAAAAGUUUGUUUGCGUUCGAUAUGUAACAUCUCGUACAAAAUAUCACAACUCAUGUUAACAUCAAAAGCUCAAAAAGAAGAAGGAUAAGAUUUGUGUUUCCAAUAACAUUCUGGAACAUCAUUAUUCUUUAUAACAAUUAAUAAAGGGAAAAAGUCGCCAAGCCUUGUAAAACUUAAUUCUUAGAAGUUUGAAUUCUUCCAUAUCAAUUUUCUCUUUAGUAUGUUACAUUCCUAUGUAAUAGUUAAGGCAGAAGAGAAAAAUGAAUCUCCUAACUCGUCUUUGUAUCUAUAAAUAAUUUUUAAACUUCUUAACCUAACAUCUUUCACAACUCUAGUUUCGAACUUGUAUAUAGAUACAAAACUUUAGUAGGAAGCAUCUGAUUGAAUUAAGGCAAUAUUAAAAUAAACUCCUAAGUAGAGCUUUUUCAGAAAAUUUGAUUUACUUCUCUUUUAGAUUUGAAUGCAUACAAAUCUCGUUUUAUUUUUUAUCGAUAAUGCUAAAGGAACUGUAAAUUUAAGAUAGCUAUGUUUGCUAACAGAAAUGAACAGAACUGUAUUAAAUUUUUAUUUUCUUUAGCAACUUUUUAGUUUUGUACUUGAAAAUAAUUUCAAGAUAAACAACAACAACAGUUUUGUACUUAAAGAAACAACAACUCUUUAAAAAAAAGUUCUGUCAAAAAAACCAUAACCUAUAUUUAGAAUUUUUAACAUUUAUUAAAUAACAUCUUAAUAAAAACAAAAUAAAAACAAAACAUCUCACAACUCAUGUUAUCAACUCAAAUGAAAAUGGCUUAGGAUUUUUUUGUCAACAUCAAAAAUUCAGUACAAAACUUUUUUCAAGUUUUUAUGAAUAAUACUUAAAAAUAUUUAAAAAAAAAACCUUUUAUAAAAAAAAUAUUUAAACCUAACACCAUAACAUCUUUAAAUAAAUAUAGAAUUUAUUUCACAACUCUUGUUUCUCAGCUCAAAAAGAAAUUUUUUAUAAAAGGAAAAUUUUUAGAUAUAUACAGUAAAAUUUAUAGUAAAUAAAACAUGAAAAGAAGUAUAAAAUUUGUUCUUAUUUAUAUGAGAGUAGUUUAUUUGACACAUUUUUAUCAUUUUUCUUAAUAUAUAUAAAUUACUUAUAUAAUAUAGAAAAAUGUUAAAGAGUGUUAGAAGGCUGCAAUUCAUAUACACAAGAAUCAAAUUUUUGGACGUUAGAAUAAGAUAAAGAAUAGUUUUAAGAAUAAAAUAGAAAAAUAAGUUGCACGCAACUUAUGAUAGUUUUAAUGAAAAAUUAUUAACUUUACAGUUAAAAUUGAAAUUUUUAGCUUAAAAAUAGAAUUUUAUGAGUUUAUAAUGACCAUGAACUCAAAAUUCUCUUUUAAAAACUUUCUGAAGAAUUGACAAAGCCGUUGAGCUUAGCUUUCCAUCUGUUGAGCUCCUAUUUCUUUAGAACCUAACGAAUUAUUUCGAAUAUUCAAUGUUACGAUUCGAAAAGAGCUCAUUAUUGACAACAAAAAACUGACAUUUUGAAUUCCGGAACUUCUAACAACAACUCUUAAUCAAACCGAACAAAAAUUCAGAAGUUUUAAUACAACCAAAUCGAAGAAGUUAUGAAUUCUUCAGCUCUUUGGUUUUUAAACAAUUUUUCAGUAAAUGAUGAUUCCAAUUACGAAAAAUUGAAGAGUAUCAUAAAAUUCCGAACAUAUUAUGAUGAUGUUCUGUAUCAAAUUAGUAUUAUUUGACACAAAUCUUAGAAUAGUGUUUAAAAUAGUGUGCUUUAAGAAAUAUUUGGGUGUUAAGAUGUCAUUGUUUUUGACAACUGUGAGACAUCCUUUGUGUCGAAAUCGCAAUCAAAUUAAAAAAAAAAUAGUUAAAAGUCCUCAAAAUGAGUUGGGUCAUUAACGAGGUUUUAAAUAGCUUUCAAAUCUUAACCCUUACCCCGCGAUAAAGUUUAACAUUUUGACAACAAAUUUAAAGCUAGCAUCUCUUUUAAAAUCUCUCAAAAAAAAAGGCUUUGAUUCAAACUUUUUUAUUGGUGCGGAGUAAAUCUUUUGUGGCUUUUAGAUUUAAAUUAUUUUUCAAAGCGAAACUCUUGUCAAUGAAUAAACCUACAACUCUCAUUAAUGCUUCAAAAUUUGUCUAACUUAAGAUAACGGAUUCAUUGCUGUCGUCUUAUUUCCUAAUUGAGGCAUUGUCGAGGUAUAUGUCUCAGAAAAUCUAGUCUUCAAUUAAGACGUAUCUCAAAGAUCGCUCUAUAAAUAUUUUUCAUUUAAUAAAAUGAAGAAGUUCUAAUCGAAGAAUGAUCUAAAAUAAGAAUUCUUGGCAUCGAAUUCAACAUGCCUACAGAUAAGAACCCUAUUUUGAAGGGCUCUUUAUGGUAAAUAAAUUGGUGCAUAUGUUAUGCUUCUAGAGGGUAAAGAUGGUCCAGAUUUAUCAUGCCACAAAAACAAGUUAAUUUAUAGCAAUUUGUGACCUCAUUUUCUUUCCUACGAUUUUAAAUCGAAAAAUAAAAACAUCUAUUAAAAAUUGUUGACAAAAUAAAAACAAACAAAAACCCCAACAAUUCAACUCUCAAAUGACCUUGACCCCAUUUUGUUUUUAUACACAUAGUCUGCUGCUGAAAAUGAUUUUAUUGUGUUCAUUUAUGCUCCUUGCGCAGUGCGUUCUUGCGGAAAAGGGAUUACCUUCCUAACCCAACACCUAUUCCUAAAAAUAAAUCAUGUACCUGCAUCAACGUUAAGCCUUUUUUCUUUACAAUCCUUCCUAAUUUUUGUUUUAAUUUAUUUUUCUGGGGGGAGUUUUAAAUAUUUUGGUAUUAUGUAUGUGAUGUGUAAUAAAUUUGAAAUUUGAAAAUUUUGCUUUAAAUUAAAUUAAUUAUAUUAAACACAAUCAAGUAUUAUAAAAAAAGUAUUGCAAGUGUAUUAUUGUUGAUGAUUAUAUAUUUAAAAAUAAAGAAUCUUUAUUUAGAAAAAUUUAGUAUUAUUAAUUUAAAAUUAAAUUAAAAAUUACAAGAUAAUACAAAGUAAAAUAUAAAAAUAAUACAACGCGAUCGCUAUGCUGAUAAAUUGAUGUAAUUAUAUUUAAUAUAAAUAUAACAAAUAACAAUUUAAAUAAAAUAAAACUGUGUAUGUUUUUUGCAUUAAAAAUAAAAAAAAAAUUAAAAUAAAAUAUAAUACAAAUAAUUUGAAAUAAACUGAGAAUGGAAAAAAAUAAUUAAAAAACAAACAAAAAAUUUACUUGAAUAGUUUUUAUAGUACCUAGAAGAGACAUGCCUAAUUAGUGUUGUUAAGUAGGUACUGGCAAAUUUUAUUAUUAUAAUAUUAAAUAAAUAUUUAAUUAAAAAAAAAAAACAACAAAACGGCGAUGGAAGAAAACUUAAUUAAUAUUACACCCCUUUUUAAAAGUGAAUUUCCAUUUUAUUUAUUUUAAUUUUUUUCAUCAACCAAAACUUUUUAAAAAACUUUAAAAAAUACAAACAAAUACAUUAUACGUAUUUUUAAGAUUCAUCGAAACGGAUUCAAAUACAAAAAGAAAAAAAAGAUAAAAUUGCUCUACGUUCGAUUGUUUUGAAUGGCUUUUAAAACUUAACAAAUUAUAAGAAUGGCGGAAAUAUAGAUUUUUCAUUUAAAAAAAGAAACAAAAAUAUAUGUAAAACUUCUUUUAAUUUAAGAAUUAAUACAAAUAUUAAAAAUUAAAAGAAAGUAUAAUUAAAAUAAAUAACAAAACAAAAAAUGUGUAUAUUCCAUUCACUGCCCAGAAUAAAUAAAAGAAAACAAAAAUAUAAUUAAUUAAAAACACAAGAAAAUGAAAAUGAAAAACAAAAACUAAAACUAAAAAAACCACAAAAUACAGCUACUUUCGCCAGUUUAUAAAUAAAAAUAAAAAUUAUUACAAAACAACAACAACAACCUACAUUUAACUAUAUAUUAUAAUAUGCGUUCUCGAGAAACUUUUCUAUUUUGAAACAAACAAAACAAAAAGUAAUACAUUUUUUUUAAUUAUUCUCCUCACUUAAUUUUAUAUAAUUAAAUUUAAAAAAUUUAAAAUACAAAACGGGCAACAACAAUUUUCUAAAGUUAAUAAAUUUAUUUAGAUAAAACUAUGUAAACAACUUAACUACUGUAAACGAAAAAAAAAGUUUUUUUUUAUUAUUAAAAACUAUAAAAAUAUUUGUAUUAAUUAAAUCAUUAACUAAUCUGCAAACUCAAAAAUAAAUGAAUACAGUUUGAUUUUUAGUUUCAAUUCGUUAAGAAAAUAAAAACUUUGUUUUUUUUUUUAUUUUCAUACCUACAUAUAUCAAUAAAAACAACAAAAAAAAGAACUUAUAUAAAUAUAUAAAUAAUGAAAAUAUAUGUAUUCAUAUGUAUAUGUACAUGUUAAGUUUAAAAAUACAAAACAAAAUUAAAUAAGAGCCGAAGAAAAACAUAAAAAUUAGUAGUUUAAAAAAAUUUUAUCCAAUAUUAAUUAUUAUAUAAGCGAAAGAGCAAAAUAAAAAAUUAUAAAUUAAUUAAUAAUAACAGAGCCAAACAAAAAAAAUCAACAACAUCAACCGCUGUAGUUAAAUUAAAAAUAAAUUGUUUUAUUUAUUUUUCGUUUUAUUUUAUUCUUAAAUGUUUUUUUUUUAAAUUAAAUAAAUAAAAUUUAUUUCACAAAAACUUUAAUAAAUCGAAAACAAAUCACUGCAGCUUUUUUUGCAUUUCUCUUUCUUCUUCUUCUUCUUGUUAAUAUUCUUUGAAUUUUUUUCUUUUCUAAACUAUGUAAGUAAUAAAACUUUAAAAAAAAUGAAAUCCACCAAAAAAUAACACAAAAAAUAAAAAAAAAAAAACAAGAUAUUCCAAAGAAGAACAAGAACGGAGCUCAAUAUUUUCAUUAUUGAAAGAAAUUACAUAACCAAAAAACAAAAC